AUGUCACCCUCACCCUCGCAACACAUCAUAAUCAUCGGCGCCGGCAUCGUGGGCGCAAACCUAGCCGACGAACUGGUGUCCCGCGGAUGGCAUCACAUCACCGUAAUCGAACAAGGGCCCCUCCCCCUACCGGGGGGCUCAACCUCACACGCCCCAGGCCUCGUCUUCCAAACAAGCCCGUCGAAAACAAUGACUCGGUUCGCGCAAUACACGGUCGAGAAACUGCUCUCGAUCCAGAAGGACGGGCAGGGGUGCUUUAACCAGGUUGGCGGGUUGGAGGUUGCGACGACACCUGCGCGUGUUGAGGAACUGAAGAGGAAAUUGGGGUAUGCGCAGGCUUGGGGCGUUGAGGCACGGAUUAUCAGCAGGGAGGAGUGUGUCGAGAUGUAUCCUCUAUUGGAUAGGGACGUUGUUCUGGCUGGGCUACAUAUUCCAAGUGAUGGGCUGGCGCUUGCGGCGAGGGCGACGGGGUUGCUUAUUGAGCGGACGAGGGAGGCUGGGGUACGCUAUCUGGAGCGGACACCUGUGACGGGGAUUGAGAGGAGAGAUGGCCGUGUGACGGGUGUCAAGACGCCAAACGGUACUAUCGAGGGGGAUAUUGUUGUUUCGUGCGCUGGAUUCUGGGGAGUCGAGGUUGGGGCGAUGGCUGGUGUAUCCAUCCCUCUCCUCCCACUGGCGCACCAGUACGCGAAGACGACGCCCAUAGCUGAACUGGGGGGCCGCGAGGUGAACAACCGACCAAAUGGACUCAACGCAAGCCUCCCAAUUCUCCGACACCAGGAUCAGGAUCUCUACUACCGCGAGCAUGGCGACAGAUAUGGAAUCGGGUACUAUGGUCACAAGCCGAUGCCAGUCGUUGCUGCAUCUCUUGGUCCCACGCCGGAUCAUGUUGAUGACAAGCACAUGCCGUCCCGGCUGCAAUUCACCGAGGAGGAUUUCCGACCAGCCUGGGAGGAGUCGAAGAAACUUCUACCUGCGCUGCGAGCAAGCCAGAUCGAUGAUGGCUUCAAUGGAGUGUUCUCGUUUACGCCAGAUGGGGGUCCACUGAUCGGCCAAGCACCGAACCUGGAUGGAUUCUACGUCGCCGAAGCCGUUUGGGUGACACAUUCAGCCGGUGUCGCGAGAGCCCUCGCAGAGAUCCUAACCCAGGGCUGGUCAGCCGUCGACAUCACAGACUGUGAGCUCUCACGGUUCGAACAAGUCCAGCUGAACCGCGAGUACGUCUCGGAAACAUCACAGCAGAACUUUGUCGAGAUCUACGACAUUAUCCAUCCCAUGCAGCCACGUGAAUCGCCCCGGAAUCUCCGCACGAGUCCGUUCUACGCUCAGCAGGUGCAGCUCGGCGCCGUCUUUAUGGAACUUGGCGGCUGGGAGCGACCAUUCUGGUACGAGGCGAAUGCACAUCUCCUUCAGUCCCUCCCUGCACACUGGAAACCUGUCGAGCGGGAUCACUGGUCGAAUCGAUUCUAUUCACCCAUUACUGCAGUCGAGGCGUGGAAGACGCGAAAUGCCGUUGCCAUGUACGACAUGUCCUCUUUCCACCGAUUCAUCGUUUCCGGGCCUGGAGCAACACCGCUACUCCAACGCCUGACAACCGGCGACGUUGAUACGCAAGCCGGAACAAUCCUGUAUACCCUUUUCCUCAAUGACGACGCCGGCAUCGGCGGCGACAUCUUCGUCACCCGCCUCGACGAGACAACAUACCAGAUCGGCGCGAACUCAGCUACAGACUUUGCAUAUCUCUCCCGCGAAGCACGAUACCAGACAAAACGUACCCCGGAGAAGCGCGUCCAAGUCCACGAAAUCACAUCAAGCACCUGCGCCCUCGGGCUCUGGGGCCCGCGCGCCCUGGACGUCCUGCGCAGCCUGAGCAAGGAAGACUUCUCCGCCAACUCCCUCCUCCACAUGCACGCGCGGAGCACAACCCUCGCCAGCGUCCCCGUAACGCUCUUCCGCAAAUCCUACGUCGGCGAGUUUGGGUGGGAGAUUCAGACGAGCGCAGACCAUGGUCGGAGACUCUGGGAUGCGCUGUACUCCACUGGGAAACCGCAUGGUCUUGUUGCGGCGGGUCGCGCAGCGUUUAAUGCGUUGCGGAUUGAGAAGGGGUAUCGUACUUAUGGGAUGGACGUCACUGCUGAACAUGAUCCGUACGAGGCAGGGCUUGGCUUUGCGAUUGAUGGGAGGAAAAAGGGGGAUUUCGUAGGGAAGGAGGCGUUGGAGCGGCGUGUCAAGACGCCGCUUACCCGUCGGCUACGAUGUUUGACGAUCGAUGACGGCGUGUCGAUGGUUAUGGGCAAGGAGCCGGUAUUCCUUAAUGAUACGGCGGUGGGGUAUGUCACCACUGCGGCGUUUGGAUUCUCGGUAAGGAGGCCGGUUGCCUAUGCUUGGCUUCCUGCUGGGCUUGCUGAGGGCGCGGCGGUCCAGAUCGGGUAUUUUGGCAGGAGGAUCAAGGCGACCGUUGUUGCGGAGCCGGUAUUUGAUCCUGAGGGGAAGCGGUUGCUUGGGGAGGGGCUGAGUCGGGGUGAUGAGGAGGGGAAAGGCCCGGUUAGGGCUGUUCUAUAGCGUUGUAGAAAUGCUGUGUCGCAAUUAUCCUAGUACCAGACAUAACGGCAUCAACAGGAGUAGAUGCUACACAUUCAGGGCAGUUACAUGGUAUGAACGGAUGAUGAUUAUAAUGGGUUAAUGCCCAACCCCCA